AAAAAAACACAAAUCCUUUCUUCCUUGCUUUUCUUCUCUACUCUCCUACGUAGCAGCAGCAGGCCAGCAGACAUUGAAAUUCAGGCAUUCCUCCGUUGACCCAUUUAAUCUUGUUUAGUCAAACUCCACAUGUCCGUUUAAGCUUAAUUUUCCGUGUUUUUAUUUAUCUUUUGAAUAAUAAUUUUUUAUUUAUUCAGCCUUAAUUUCUACUUGUACUCAUUGUUUGUGCAUAAAACAGAGCUGCUUCUCUCUCUACAUUUGAAUCUUCAAUCCCAAUUCUGGCACUCAGGUGUUUGGGUAGUUUAUGUAAAUAACUUUUUGGGAACAAAGAACUCUCUUCGUGGUGGUUACAUAGUUAUGCCUUGUUUCCCUCGCUUGUUUGGAAAAAGAGUAGAGUCAGCUGGAAGAAUUCCUGAAGCUGCUGAUGAAUUUGCAGGAGUUAAGAAUAUUAAGCUGUACAGCUACAAAGAACUAAGAAGUGCUACUGAUGACUUCUGUCCAACCAAUAAAAUUGGAGAAGGUGGUUUUGGGUCUGUGUAUAAGGGAAAGCUUAAACAUGGAAAAAUAGCUGCCAUCAAAGUCCUGUCUGCUGAAUCGCAGCAAGGAGUACGUGAGUUUUUAACUGAGAUAAAGGUGAUCUCAGAAAUCCAGCAUGAGAACUUGGUUAAUUUAUACGGCUGCUGUGUGGAGGGGAAACAUAGGAUACUCGUAUACAACUAUCUAGAAAACAACAGCCUUUCGCAGACUCUACUAGGCAGAGGGAACUGUGGCAUUGAUUUUACAUGGCAAACACGUUGGAGAAUCUGUAUAGGAAUAGCUCGUGGGCUUGCUUUUCUUCAUGAAGAAGUUCGUCCACAUAUAGUGCAUAGAGACAUCAAGGCAAGCAAUAUCCUGCUCGACAAAGACCUCAGUCCCAAAAUAUCAGAUUUUGGUCUUGCCAGACUUAUGCCGCCUAAUGCCACUCAUGUCAGUACACGGGUUGCUGGCACGUUAGGGUAUCUUGCUCCUGAGUAUGCAAUAAGGGGACAGCUAACUCGAAAAGCAGAUAUAUAUAGUUUUGGUGUUCUCCUGGUGGAAAUUGUCAGUGGCCGAUGUAACACGAAUAUGAGAUUGCCAAAUGGAGAUAAAUAUCUCUUGGAACGGAUAUGGGAAUACUUUCAGCGGAGGGAGCUUAUAGAACUGGUGGAUGUAUCAUUAGAAGGGAAAUAUGAUGCAGAGGAGGCUUGCAGGUUGUUCAAGAUAGGCCUUCUUUGCACCCAAGAUGCUCCUAAGCUCCGACCAGCUAUGUCAACUGUGGUGAAAAUGUUAACGGGUGAAAUAGGUUUUGAUGAAAAGAAAAUUACUGCACCAGGGUUAAUCUCUGAUCUCUCUGAAGUUACUAUUCGGAACACAAACACUGAUGCCAGAACUACGUCCACUGAUAAAGAUUUAUACUCUAGCUCAGACAGCGUAAAUAAUUCGACUUUUUCAUCCGGUGCCACUUUGACAUUUACACCAGUUUAUGAACGGAGUAUUUAGUUUUCUGAAUCAAAAACCCCAGCUCGAUGUACUUACAUUUGCAAAUAUCAAACAGGUGCAUAUAGCUAAGAUUACUUCUUUUUUUUUUUAAAUUUAUUGGUAAAGAAAGUACUGGUUAUGCUUAAUAUGCCUAAUACUCAGUGAGCUCUUGUACAGCCAAAUCCGAGUUCAACUUUUUGUUAAAUACUUCGUAUAAUCGAGUAACUUGUUUUCUUAA